GAUGUUUUCAGCAGAAAUAGGUGUAUCUCAAAGAUCUUAGGCACUUGAUGAACAGGGACUGCAUGAGCAUUGGUGUACAUCCCUGCAGGGUCACUGCCAUGGUACUGAAGGUGUUCUUUCCAUCGUGCUGCUCCUCAGCAGACAGCGGCAUUUUGAUCGGCCGCUGGAUCGCCGAGCAGAACUCUGCUGUCAUCCUUGCUGUGGUGCACUUCCCCUUCAUCCCUGUGCAGGUGAAGCAGUACCUUGGGGAAGUCCAGCGUGUGACUAAAGUCAGCGUUUCUGUGCUUGGCUCAUGGAGCAAUAGCAAACAGGAGAAAGAGGAGAGUCUCAGUGAGUUCUUGGAAGACCUUGGGACCAUAUUCUGCCAUGAGCCAUGGAUCCAGAUAAGCAAAGAGGGAGACAGCAAAUUCUGGAGCUGUUCUAUCCUUCAGAAGCACUCUAAGAACCCCCAGGAGGAGGAAAUCAUCUUGGUGUACUAUGACCAGCGCAAGGUCAUGCUUUCCCGUCUGCACCCCCCUUUGGACACAGCUGGCCAGGGGGCAGAGGAUGCCUCAAAGCUCUCAGCCAUCUUUGACACAGUGGCCAGGAGCCAGGUGCUGUUCAUGACAGACAGGUACGACGAGGGGCCCAUCAAGCUGACCCACUGGCAGUCGGAUGGGGUGGAGGCCAGCAUCAUCGUGGAGCUGCUGAAGCAGGCCUCUGUGCCUGCCUGCAUGCUGCUGACACUCCUGCUCUCUCUGCUCUCUGGGAUCUGCAGGAGCAGGGUGCUGAAGUUUUGGCCUUUGUCUUUCUUGUGGAGCAAACUCUCAACCUGUGAGCAGCUGGGACACCGCCUGCAGCACCUCCAGGUCAUCAGCAGCAACAAGAAGGCUCAAAACCAAAAUCAGCUGAUGAGGAAAGCCAACAUCUUUGUGUCUCUGCUGAUUGAUGUGGCCCUGGGGAUACUGCUGAUGUCGUGGCUGUACAGGAAGAACCGCAUUGGUCACCUUGCUGACACCCUCAUCCCUGUGGCUGACCACGUGGCUGAAGAGCUGCAGGACCUGCUCCAGUGGCUGAUGGGAGCCCCAGCUGGACUGAAAAUGAACCGAGCCUUGGAUCAAGUCUUGGGCCGCUUCUUCCUUUAUCACAUCCAUCUGUGGAUCAGCUACAUCCACCUGCUGUCCCCAUUCAUUGAGAUGAUCCUGUGGUACGUGGGGCUGUCGGCCUGCCUGGGGCUGACCGUGGCUCUCUGCAUCCUGUCCGACAUCAUCGCGCUCCUCACCUUCCACAUCUACUGCUUCUACGUCUACGGGGCCAGGCUCUACUGCCUGAAGAUCUACGGCCUGUCCUCUCUGUGGCGCCUGUUCCGGGGCAAGAAGUGGAACGUGCUGCGGCAGCGGGUGGAUUCCUGCUCCUACGACCUGGACCAGUUAUUUAUUGGCACUUUGCUGUUCACAAUCCUGCUGUUCCUUCUGCCUACGACUGCACUGUAUUAUUUGGUGUUUACCCUGCUCCGCUUGCUGGUGGUGAUUGUGCAGGGCCUCAUACACUUGCUGGUGGACCUGAUUGACUCCCUGCCUCUUUAUUCCCUCAUCCUUCGCCUCUGCAGAUCCUACAGGCUCGCAGCUGGAGUGAAGUUCAGAGUCCUUGAGCAGCAGGAUGGAAAACCUCUGCGUCUCCUGAUGCAGAUCAACCCCCUCUCCUAUGGAGGUGUGGUCCAGACCUACAGACUGCCCACCUACAGCUGCUAUCCCAGGGACUCCUGGGCAUCUCUCUGCAAGAAACUCUUCCUUGGAGAGCUCAUCUACCCCUGGAAACACAAAGGAGACAAGCAGAACUAAAGACAGUAGAAGAACUUGGGAACUUGACCUGAAAUCUUAACAACUCCUAAUGCUUUGGGACCAAAGGCUGCUCAGAGCCAGCAAAUGCUCCAUCCCUUUAAGCAGAUUUUGGUAACAUAGGAAGGGCUGAAUUUUUAAAGGCAAGUAUUUUUAAACAUUAUUUUUCAACUUUCUCCUCCCCUGCACUGUGUUUGUAUAUUAUGCUAAUGAUUAUUUUGGAAGCAAAAGGUGAAACCCAUCAGUGCCUCAUGAAACCAGCACUCGGUGUCAUGGAGGGAGCAGCUCCCAAAUGGUCUGGGGAUGAAUUUCUCCUUCCAUGUCAGCUCACAGAGCCAUAGCAAAUCAGCCCCUCAGGUGGUUUGGAGCCACAAUGCUGUGAUGCCUUCAGCCAGAGCAUGUUUUGGACAUUUUAUGCUUCAGACCUCAAGCCAGCUGAUCAAAACUAUGUGGAGAAUCAGCUCGUGGAGUCCUACACUGAAAACUGAACAGCUGGGUGUCUGAGCUCAUGGGAUAUUUAUUAACUUCUUUUGAGGAGGGCCUGCAUUCACCCUCACUGCAGCACCAGAGGUGUUGGAGAGUGAGGCUGGAGGCCCAGAAGCACCGACUGUUUUAUCAUGAUUCUGUGAUUUCUCUUGAGAGAGUGCUUUGGAUACAUUUCCAAAGCACAGGAGUGCUUGGCUUUCCAUGUUCUGGUCUCAUUUUGAUGUGUCUCCUAUUCUCUCUCUUGGAAAGGGUGCCUGUGCCCUGGGGGAUGUCCCACUGGGCAUCAGUGGUUGUGUCAAAUUUAAAUACAGUCCUUACCCAAAAUACACUUCCUGCAGCUCUGCUCAUUCCUCUGCCCCAGCUCAGACAAGGCCUUUGAGGUUUCUUAGGGCCAUGUGAGGGAGGCAGGACUACUUGGGCACUACAUGGUGCCCUGUCACCCUGAGCCAGGGCAAAUCCCUGGGAAAGCCAGUGUGGCAAAGCCCCCUCACCAUCUGCCAUUACAGGCUCUGUUGGGACAUCCCUGCCUGCAGAAACUGCAGAGAACAAGCUGUUCUGGGCUUAAAACUCCUGUGCAGCAUCUUCUUGUCCUGGAAUGAUCACUACCUGAGGAAUUCUCUGCACUCCAGGUGUGAAUAACUGCAGACUGUGAUGCAUUCAGGGGAUGAAUGGUGUAAAUAACAUUUUCACUCCAGCUGAAGUCAGAGUCAUGAGCCCCAUCCUCACCUGGCACUGAGCGGAGCAGGUUUACACCUCACCUCCCUCUCAUCUUUCCUGUGGAGCUCCUAAAUGAUAUCCUCUGGUUCCUCCCACGCCUGCACAGUUCAGUUUGCUGACUGCUGUGAGAAACUUUGUUAUUUUUGGUCUUGUGAAAGUAAUGUUUCUAAUAUCCUGGCUUUUAAAAUCUGCCUGUGGGACCAGACAGUUCAUGCUGGUCCUAAUCAAGGUACAAAUCCUUAGGUACAAAUGCCAUGAUAGCCCCAGUGACAGCCCAGAGCCACAAAAAUCAGCAGCUGUGACCUUCCUACUGGGACCCUGCCAGAUGUAUCAGAUGUUCCAGUGCUGGGUUUGUUUACUGAAGGCUGAUACUGACUCUGGCGUGGGGAAAUACCAA